CCUUAAACACAAAAUCCCAAAUAAAAAAAACUUCCUUAAACCCUUAAACAUACCCUUAACCUCGUACUAAUCCAUGGAUCACAAUCCUCCAACUUCGAGCGAUCCCUUCGAUUUCAAUCCAAUCAUACUUGAUGAUGAACUAAUGCAGCUUAUUAGUAGUAUUUUUCCACAAAUCCCUCAAAAUCAUGAUGCUUCAAAUGAAAUAAACCAAGCUCAAGAUCAUAAUACCUUAAUGAUUAACAACUCAUUUCAUACUUCUCCUCAGGAAGCACAACAAUCUCAACAUAAUGUUGUUGAGUUCAACUCGGCUCCGGCCCCGGCCCCGGCCCCAGCCCCGGCCCCGAAUAAGAAUAAGAAUAAGGGUAAGGGUAAGGACGUAAAGAAGAAUGUGAAGGCUAUGGAAAUCGAGCGAAAGCGGAGGCAAGAAAUGUCAUCUCUCUACCAAGAACUUCGGUCAUUACUGCCUGUUGAAUCUAUCAAGGGAAAACGAUCAAUAUCAGAUCUCUUGGAAGAAACCACAAACCAUAUAAACAAUCUACAACUAGGAAUAAAAGGAUUAAACGAUAAAAGAGAUGGAUUACUCAGAACAACUUCGUCAUCAUCAGGUGGACAUUCAAGCAGUAGUAGUCAUAAUUUGAAUUCAAACCAGCAAAAUCAGCAGCAAAAUCAUCAGCAGGUGACAGUAAAACCUUGCAAAGAAGGAAUCAUAGAAGUUAUUAUCAGUACAAGUGCACCAUUGUACAACGAUAACAACGAAAGGACGACCCUUUGCCUUUCGAAGGUGCUCUGUUUACUCAGCAAUGAAGGACUUAAUGUGAUCAACUGCAUUUCUUCAAGAAUUCAGAGUAAUUUGGUUCACACCAUACAAGCUCAGGUUGAUGAUGGGAGAGGCAUUAUUGAUCUACGUCUACUGCAACAGACAUUAACACUUGUGAAUAAUUAUGAUUAAUUAAUCCAUAAUGUUACUAUACUUUAUUCUUUUCCAGGAAUAACUUGUUCGUGUAUUUGGAACCUGAAAUAUUCAUGUAAUUGUUUAUUAGCCACUACAUCUAUUAUUUUAUAUUUAUCUGAAGCUACUUGAAAUAUGAUAUGAUGUAAUUGUUCAUUAGCCACCUGAAAUAUGAUUUAAUUGUUUGUUAGCCACCACAUCAAUUAUUUUUUUUUAAUUUGGAACUUGAAAUAU